AUGAACUGGGAAGACUCCUUCACUCUACGAUCUUCUUACUGUUCUCCCACGGAUCCCAUGAGUAGCAGCAACACACUUCUCCCUACCCAAACACCAACAUUUGGUAAAGCGAGUGCACCAGCAACCGAAGAGACAACAUCCAGCCCAGGAUUUCCGCCUGUCGUGUCUGCGAAGAAGCCGGUUUCUACAGCUCGGAGAUACUCGCAGCAAAUGGUCCUUUCGGGAACUAUGUUUUCGGAUGGAUGGAGGACUCACAAACCACCUCGGCUGAUUCGGACCUCUCCUUUUGAACCUUUACUUCAUCCUCAACAGCUGCCACAAUAUAGUGACAUUUCAUCGCACCAGGUACAACAAUAUUAUGCUUGGAAGGAUCGAGUGCGAGGGGAGGCACACUGUGCUGAUCAGUCUUUUGCACAAAAUAGAACUCGCAUCUUCGCGCUCGCCACAUCCGAUAAAAACCACGAAGACAAAGACGACCCUCAUGUUCCGCCGAUCUCCGAAAUCCGAAUACCAAAGCGUGAAGGCGGCUGUUCUCCCACAAGUACUUCAACUGCUGCUUCAAUCUCUUCGCAUAAUCAAUCCUCUUCCGAAGAGCACGAAGUUGACUAUAAAAAUCUGUAUCUAUGCUCCCAUCGUAACACACAGCAACUACAGCGACGACUGGAAUAUACGGAGGAAGAAAAUCGCCAAUUGAAGCGCAAGUUGAUUGAAUUUCAACGACAGCUCUUUUCCUUACAGCGCAACGGCUUGUCUUCUCGUGGUCGCGACACCCGUCAAUCCUCCUGGACUAUUCCUCCGUCUCGUCCCGAACUGCCACGUUCCGCGAAACGAACUCGACGGGAGAUGGAAGGUCGAGAGCACGCCAAUUCGCUGGCACCCAGUGUCUCUACGGAAGAACCGCCUUUACACGACGCGGGCUUUCCCACGACGUUUUCACAUAUGCGCUGA